AUACAUACACAUAUAUAUAAAUAUUUAUUAUACGAAGGCAUAAAUUUUUUCCCAUGAACCAUAAAGUAGUGAAUGAAAUUCUAGUUUUAGAAUAUUAUUAAAGCUAAAAGAUGACUUAUUCCUUUGUUUCCCUUACCAAAGUUCCAACUCUUCGUUCCAUGUUUCACGUACUACUUGUCUUUCUUCUUAUUACAACUUAUUAUGGAGCUCAAGCUGAAGGUACUAAUGAAGAAAAUAUCACUAACGUUGGAGUUAUUAUUGAUCUUAAUUCUCGAAUUGGGAAAGAGCAAAAAGCUGCCAUGGAAAUUGCAGCUCUAAACUUCAACCAUAAUUCAAAGAACAAGAACCACAAGCUGUUACUUUAUUUUCAGGACUCAAUAAAAGAACCCCUCAAAGCAGCUUCUUCUGCUAAGAAUAUGAUUGAAGAAAAGAAAUUAGAAGUGAUUGUUGGAAUGGAAAGAUGGGAAGAAGCUGUUAUAAUAGGGGAAGUAGGAAACCAAACUCAAGUUUCAGUUAUUUCAUUAGUGGCACCAAGCAUAACACCUUCAUUGAUGCAGCUUCCAUGGCCUUAUUUGAUAUCAAUGGCUAAUGAUGCUUCUGCUGAGAUUAAGUGCAUUGCAGAUAUUGUCUGUUCUUGUCAUUGGGGAAAGGUAGUUGUGAUUUAUGAAGAUAAUGAAUAUGGCAGUGAUUUGGGAUCCUUGGCUCUUCUAAGUGAGGCUCUUCAGAAUGUUGGUUCUGAGAUCGAAUACCGUUUAGUUCUUCCACCUUAUUCAACUCUCUCUAAUCCUAAAGAGGUUGUCUUAGAUGAGCUGUUGAAGCUUUUGAGUGUACAAUCUCGAACUUUUAUCAUUCUUCGAUCUUCUUUGCCUAUGGUUACUCAUUUGUUUAGAGAAGCUAAGAAGAUAGGACUUUUAGAGAAAGAGUCGGCUUGGUUGAUGACUGAGAGUGUUACUAGUCUGUUGGACUAUGCUGACAAAUCUGUCAUUUCCUCCAUGAAAGGAACUCUAGGGAUCAAGACAUACUACUCCAAAGAUACUUCUUCUUAUAAAGCUUUUCAGAAGCAAUUCCAGAGGACAUUCCAUCAAGAAAACCCAAAUGAAAGUAACAAUUUGAACCCGGGAAUUUAUGCUUUAAGAGCAUAUGACAGCAUUAGAGCUAUUACACAAGCCUUAGAGAGAGUAGCUACUGAUACUAGUCCAAAAUUGUUAAAGGAAAACAUAUUAUCUUCUAGUUUUGAAGGUUUAAGUGGGACUGUAAGUUUUGAUGAAAACAAGCUAUUGUCUGAUCGAACAUUAAGGAUUGUAAAUGUGGUUGAUAAUGAAGGCCAAGAAAUAUCUCAGCCAAAUGGAAUAUAUCAAGAACUUGACUGUUGGAGGCCAAACUAUUGGUUCUCAAACUGCUUUUUCACAGAAAAAGAUAAAAUGGAAAACAGAACAACUGAUGUUCGUCAAGGCUCCCAAGGCAUAUAUGGUUCUGUAGUUUGGCCUGGUAACUUAACAGAAAGAAUUCCAAAAGGCUGGUCAAUACCUACUAUUAAAAAACGAUUGAAGAUUGGAGUUCCUGGUGAUACCCAAUUUAAAAAGUUUGUGACAAUUAAUCAAUCCAAGAAGAACACAAAUGAAGGUUAUGAUGGUUUCUGUAUACGAAUUUUCAGAAUGGCAUUGCAACAUUUGAAUUAUGACCUGCAAUAUAAAUUUAUAGCCUUCACAGGUUCAUACGACGAACUCAUUGAGGCUGUAUAUAACAAGACCUUUGAUGCUGUGGUGGGUGACAUGACCAUUCUAUAUGAGCGAACACAAAAGGUAGAAUUUACUCAACCAUUUGUCGAAUCAGGUCUUUCGAUGAUAAUUCCAAUUAAGUCCAAACAAUCGACAUGGAUGUUCAUGAAGCCUUUCACUUGGGAAAUGUGGGUGAUGACCAUUGUCAUCUUGGUUUACACCAUGCUUAUAGUAUGGUUCCUGGAGCAUCCAACAAACCCUGAGUUUACUGGCUCGGUAAAAGAUCAGAUUGGCAUUGCCUUUUGGUUCACUUUCUCCUCUCUAUUCUUUGCUCAAAGGGAAAGAGUUCAUAGCAACAUUACCAGAGUUGCUGUCAUGACGUGGUUUUUUGUGGUUUUCAUCCUAACUGCAAGUUAUACGGCAAGUCUUUCAUCAAUUCUGACUGUGAAAAAUCUUGAACAAGAUAUAAAUAUUGAGUGGCUAAAAAAAACCAACCAGAAGGUUGGUUGUUAUGGUGAUUCAUUUGUAAGAAAUUACCUGGAAAAUGUGCUUCAAUUCACUCCAGAUAACAUAAAAAAUGUUCCAGAGGAAGAUGAUUACUCAGAGUGGUUUGAUAAAAAAUUAAUAGCUGCUGCCUUUCUUGAACUCCCGUACCAGAAAGUUUUUAUCAACAAGAACUGCAAAAAAUACACCACCUCCUCUAUCACGUACAGAUUUGGAGGAUUAGGCUUUGUAUUCCAGAAGGGGUCUCCACUAACCAAAGAUUUUUCAAAUGCCAUUCUAAAACUAUCAGAAGAUGGAAAAAUAACAGCACUAGAGAAAGAAUGUCUUACACCAGAUGAGUGCUCAUCAACAUCUAUAGAAACUGAACGAUUAAGCCUUAAAAGCUUUUGGGGUAUCUACCUAACAUCUGGAGUCACUUCCACCAUUUGCUUACUCAUAUCCUUGGUUCGCCUCCAGCGGAACUACCGGCUCCAUCAGCAAGCAAAUGGUGGUUGUCAAAGUAUAAAAACAAACGCUUUUGGAUUGGCAAAAUAUUUCUAUAACGGGCAGCACAUAUAUAGUCCAGGAAGAGUUUCCCCUACUACUACUACUACUACUACUACUACUACUACUAAUGUUUCUAAUCAUGACAUGCCUAAUCUGAUGGUAGAUAAUUCUUCAAGCUGGGAUUUUGUGAACACAUCUAAUGAGGGUUUAGACCAUCCUGACACAUCUUCCCCUGCUACAGUUGAAAUCACAACUGUUUAGAUUCAUUAUUUUAGAAUUUUAGGUGUGUAUAAAUCUCAUUAAAGAUGUAGGAGCAUAAUUUUAAGGGAAAUGUAGAUGUAUAAAUAUAUACACGGUUGAAGAUACCUAUUUUUAUUACCUCAAA